AUGUCAUUACAAUGUUCGUGUUGUGUAGAAUGGUUAAAUGUCCAAGGCACUGUGUUAAAACGUUUUAAGUCAGCGACAGUCAAACUCACAUUGACCCGAAAUGAUUUUCGAGAUAUUUUCAUUGAUUUAACAACAGAUAAAGGAAUAGCUCACAAAUUUGCGGUGAAAGAUAUUGCAGUACAUAAACGUUUUCUUAGUGAUGGCAAAACGACAAUUAAUUUUAAAUCAGAUAAAAUCAUGAUGAUGAUAUCAAAUGCUCCUGUUGCACAACUCACUGAUUUUCUAAAGGUACUUUUUAUUAAGGUGACAGGACGCAAAGAAUCUCCUCAGGUUUGUGUUAUAUAGUAUAAUAAAUUAUUACCUAGGUAUAUAUACCUAUUCUUUUGUAUUUAUUAUUAUUAAUUAGGUAAAAAUCAGGGAACGUCUUUUAGCUGUUAAAAGUAGUGCAACAGAAGAAAUCAGUCCUAUAAAUCAAAAGGAUGUUGGACGUCUUGAUGGAAAAUUAGAAGGUCCAAUUAAGAAAAGGAGAAAAUUAGAAACUGAUCUGAUAAAACAUGGAGUUGACAAAAAGAGCCCAAUGACUAAUUUGAAAGAUAAACUUACUGGUGAACAACAAGAAGUAAUUAAUGCUGUUAAAGCCAAUAAUAACAUAUUUUUUACUGGUAAGUAAGUUAAUUAAAAAAUUACUUUAGUUAUGAGAAUAAAUAAUUGAUAAAUUGUUCUCUAAUUAAAUUUGAGAAUCCCAGAUUAUAGAAAUGUAUCAUUGCAUAUUAGUUAUUAUAUUAAUUUAUUUCCAUAACAAAUUGGAAGUACUUAUUUAAAUAUGUAUUGUAUGUUUCUUAUAAUGCUGUGUAAUAUUUUUAGGUAGUGCUGGAACGGGUAAAUCAUUCUUAUUACGUUACAUUGUGAAUACUUUACCACCCGAUACAACAAUGGUAACUGCAAGUACUGGUGCAUCAGCAUGUCUUAUUAAUGGAGUUACGUUGCAUUCCUUUGCUGGUAUUGGUAAUGGAGAUUGUACCGUUAAACGUGGUAUUGAAAUGGCUUCCAAAUCACCAAAUGUACAAGUUUGGCGAAAAUGUAAAAUACUAAUUAUUGAUGAAAUAUCCAUGAUAGAUGGAGAAUACUUUGAAGUUAUUAUUAUUUAAUUACUCUUAAAGUUCCCAUUAAAAAUUUUGCAAUCAAUAAAAUGUAUACAAUUGUGGUUUUUUUUUUUUUAGAAACUUAAUAAAGUAGCAAAAGCUGUUCGUAAUCGAGAUGAACCAUUUGGUGGAAUAAAGUUAGUGUUAUGUGGUGAUUUUCUACAAUUACCUCCCGUAAAGCAAGGCAAAAAUAGAUUCUGCUUUCAAACUUCAACAUGGUCAGAAUGUCGUUUUCGUUGUUUCAAUUUGAGAUUUGUACACAGACAAUCUGAUAAUGAAUUUAUAAAAAUUCUGAAUCAUGCGCGAUUAGGAAAGUAAGUAACUUAAUUUAAAUAAUAUAUUCAUUCUACACAUAAAAUAAGUAUUUAUUUUUAGUAUAGAUCCAAACACAGCUAUAAAAUUAAAAUCUACAUCAUUUAAUUUACUGGAAAAAGAUGGAAUUGCACCUACACGUCUCUGUUGUCGGACAGCUGAAGCUUUAAUGAUUAAUCGGAAGAAGUUAUUUGAUUUACCAGGCAAAGAAUAUAAAUUUGAAGCUUUUGACAGUGGUUCAACAAAAACAUUAGAUGAUCAUACUCCAGUUGAAAAAAUGUUUGUUCUUAAACCUGGUGCUCAAGUAAUGUUGUUAAAAAACAUAAGUGUCUCAUCAGGACUAGUAAAUGGUGCUAGAGGAGUGGUGAAGAGUUUUGAUAAAAAUGGUAAAUUGUAUAGCAAUUUAAUUUUGAUAUUAGUUUUGUUAGAAGAAAAGCUAUUAUUUAUUUUUAGUAUAUAUUAGAUUAAUGUAUAAAAUUGAUUUAAUUUUAAAAAAAGGAUUCGUAGUAAAAUAUUUUAAACUUAAAAUAUCAUUAGUUUGUAACACAUUUUACUUUUAAUUUUUAAAGAAAUGUGUAACUUUUAUUAAAGCCUCUCUGAAAAAGAAAAAUGGCUUCCAGCAAAAAACCACUCUUUAAUAAAUAAAUCUACCCCGAAAAUGUACUGAUAUCAAAAUUUAGCCAUAUUAAACUAUACUUCACCCAUUUCUCCAUUUUUCCAGGCUAAUUCACAAUUAUUAUAACUCCACAUUGAUAUUUUUUCAAGGUAGAUAAAAAAACCGGAUACAUAAUAACAUUAUAGUAUUUAUUCAUACUAAUUAAUUGAUUUCAUGGAAAAAUAAUUGUCUAAUAAUAGUGGAUAUUUUUUUCUAAUAGUUAGUUGUAAUAAUCUCAAAAUCACAUUUUUAGAGUUUUGACAAUUGCGAAUUAAGCCAACAAUAUUUUCAAAUUUUUACUUUUGUACCAGUGUUAAAAAAAUCAUAGCAAAUACGUAAUAGAUGUCAAUAAAAUAAUAAUACUAAUAAACAAAUAAUGUACCUUAGAAGUUAUUUCUUUAAGUAUCUUAAUGUUACAAAGAAAAAAACAAUACAUUUAAAAUCAAUAAUGUUUUUAAUCUAACUUUUAUACUGUAGUGUUUUUUUUUCAACUACAUAAUUGUAAUAAACAUUCUAGGUUGUCCUGUUGUCCAGUUUAAAUGUGGAAAUACAGUUCCUAUUAAAACUGAAAAGUGGAUAGUUAAAACUCCUACUGGACAAUUUAUUUCAAGGCAACAAAUACCUUUGAAACUAGCUUGGGCAUUUUCUAUUCAUAAGUCACAGGUUAUAAUAUUAUGUUGUAUAUCAUAAAAUAAUAAAUAUUAGGAAUUGGAAUAGGAAUAUAUAUAUAUAUAUAUAUUUUUUUUACAGGGUUUAACAUUGGAUUGUGUUGAAAUAUCUUUAGGACAAGUAUUCGAAGCAGGACAAGCUUAUGUAGCUUUAUCUAGAGCAAAGAGUUUAGAAACUUUAAGAAUUUUAGAUUUUGAUAAAAAACACGUGUGGGCAAAUCCUGAUGUAAUUUCAUUUUAUAAUAAAUUAGACAGAAUAAUAAAAUGUAAUGAAAUAUAUACUUUGGGUAAAUAA